AUGACGCAUAGCUUACAUGGCGGUCGAGGUGGGGGCAACGUGGGUGGCCGGAGAGGAGACUGCAGAAGAAAAUUCACCAACUGCUGUGAAGUGCUAAGAGGCUGGGAGGGAGGUGGAGUCAAUGGCGGUCAAAGCAAGGGUCAGAGCAGCGAACAGGGUUGGGCCGCCAGUGGUGCCGGAAGUAACUCGGUGGACGGGGAGGUUGCCGUCGCCGGGAGUCGUGAGCCGGUGCAGGGAGCGGCGCUUCGGUGGCAGCCGGGUGGUUCUCCGGUGGCGGAGAGGAGCUCUGGUGGCAACCCGGGCGGAGUGGCGCUCGCAUGCAGAGCAGAGCCGUUGGGCGGCGCGGCGGUGACGCAAUCGGGUGGAGUGGGGCCGCUUGGGCAGCGGGCCAGAGGGCGACGGCAGGCGGCGGUCCGAGGAGCCGGCGGGGGCCGGGGAGUCGGUUGCCGGUAG